UUUGCGAACUCGGCCUUCCAUAUUGCAAACCUAUGAUAAACAAUGGCGAAUCAACAAUUCGGUCUAAUAUUAUUUGCAAUAUCGUCAUCUUUGCUUACUACAGCAAGUAUAAUUUGGUAUAUGCGCCGCAAGAAGAAACCACUCGAAUAUAUAGAAGUAGGGAAAGUUGGAGAAAUUUGCAUAUAUCCAGUGAAAUCAUGUGGUGGCAUUUCAGUUCAGGAAGCCGAAUGCACAGCCCGAGGUAUCAAAACUGGUCAACUUCGUGACAGAAAGUGGAUGUUGGUAGAUGAUGAAGACAGAAACCUGGCUGCUAAGAAGGAGCCAUCAGUAGCAUUAAUAAAAACCAGUUUGUCAGCGGACGGUCAAAAUCUUGUCCUAAGAGCAGAUGGUCAGCCAACCGUGCAGUUACCACUUGUACCUGACACAACCGCACAAUUGGUCAAAGCUAAGUUACAUGAAAGCAUUGUUUAUGGCUAUGAUUGUGGCGAGAAGGUGCGGCAGUGGCUUUCAAACAUAAUAACAGACAAGGCUUACAGAAUGCUGGUGCACGAAGAUAACCUACAAGGACGCAAAUUUGUUGAUAAUCCAGUCUGGAAGGAAAGGUUUACUUCCAAAGAUCAGGCAUUGUACCAUUACAUGACGCAAUUCCAUGUCGCAAACACUGCAUCCCUUGAUGACCUUAAUAGCAGGUUGGAGACACCUAUUGGCAUGCAGCAAUUUCGUGCUAAUAUUAUUAUUUCAGAAAGCAAUGCUUUUGCUGAGGACAAGUGGGCUAUGCUAAAGAUUGGAGAUGCUUGCCUCAGUAGGACACAUGACUGCGGAAGGUGUCCAAUUACAAUGAUUGACAGAAAGCUGGGAACGCUAAGAAAGGCAGAGCCAUUGAAGACUCUUCGUCAGUAUAGAAUGUUGGAUAAAUCACAUCCAGACAGCAAGUUCCAGAAAUCUCCCAUAUUUGGUGUUAAUUUCAAACUAGUGACAGGAGGAAGCAUAAAGGUUGGGGACACAGUUUAUGCUGUAUUGCAGUAGUGCUCCAUAUUGGGGCACCCCAAAUCAAGGAAUACUUUUCCACGAAACAAGGGGAAAUAUAUAUUUUUAACAUUACAGCCAACCUUUAUUAAUCGGACACUUUGAGUGUACAGAUUUAAUUAAUUUUUAAUUAACAACAAUUAACAGCAUUUCAAGUAAUUUUAUAUAAAGACCCUUAAUUUUUUGUAAUGACUAGCUUCCAAAUAAGUCACUGAUCUUUGUCUUUUUGGUUGUUUAUUUCAUAUUUUUAUUGUAUAAUUUAAAUCAAAAACCCUAUUAAGCAAAUUUAGAGGUACAGCUAGUGUAAAAAUAGUGAAUUACGAUUAAUUUUUUGUAAACACACACACAUAGGACCUGCCUAAUUUUCUUUCUAGAUCUGCACCUGUAUAAUAUUUAAAAAUUGUAACUAACAAUAUAAACUACAGCCCUGGCACAGAUCUAGUUAUUGUACAAUAUGUCUUUUGGAAAAUAAAUUAAUUGAAUUGAAUUAAUGGCCAUACUCUUACUCAACUUGGUACUCAGCAGCUUUAUUUUAUUCUCUAGCCUUAAAUUGAUUUUCUGUUUUUUUUUUCCCAGUAUGGGAUUCCUAAAUCAUUACUUAGUUAAUGCUGCUGUAUCUUGUGCAUCCAACAGAAAGCUUACCAAUUUAAAUCUUAUCAUUUAUAGAUAAAACUUGAAUCAUGAAGCAAUAUAUUAUAUAAUUCUUGUAUUGUUUUUAUUAAUUUAUGUUGAAUUUGUAUCAUAAAUGGAUUUUUCUAGUACGGGAUUACUAAAUCAUCACAGUACUGUACUUAGUUCUUGAUGCUGUAUUCGGUGCAUCUAACAGAAAGCUUACCAAUUUGAAAGGCAUAUUUAUAGAUAACACUUGAAUUAUGAAGCAAUAUAUUAUAUAGUUGUUGUAUUUUUUAAAAUAAAAUUUUUGUUGAAUUUGUAUCAUAAAUGAAUGUAUUCAAUGAACAUUAUUGUGUACAGAUUAGGUUGAUUGUAUUGCAAGUUCUUAGGUCAAUUAAACUAAAAUUAUGAAGAAUUUAUGUCAUUGUAAUAAUUGUUAAGGAUACCCCUAUUGAAUGCAAAUAUUCAUCAUGUUUUAAAGUAAUUAUAUAUAGUAAGACCCUUAAUUCAUGUAAUGACUGGCUAUAAGGGAAAAUUAUGAUGUAGAGAAAUUUGUUAAAUAAAAUGUGAAUAAAAUA